UCCCACGCUGAUUAUGGUUUGGUAUUUCAUUACAUUACACUUUACUCUUCUAAUUUCUUAUUUAUACACAGUUUGAUUCCACUUACAGUUCCAACACGCUCACCAUUAUCACUCUAAAUCUUGUUCCAAUGGCGACUCCAAGAUUCGGUUAUGAUGUGUUCCUCAGCUUUAGAGGAACACAUCUUUGGUAAUUAGAGAGAAACAUUUGGUAACACAACCAAGAAAAUUGAAGUUUACUGCUUUUCUCCCUUCACCUAUUGUGCAACUUCCGAAUAACAUUGGUCUCUGUGUUUUCUUUCUCUUUUUUUGGUUUUAAAACUCAUUACAAUUUUCUGAUAUUAUAACAAUUUUAGCUUCACUAAACCUUUUUGUUUAAAAUAGUGAUGGAUACGAAUACAAGUUUAUUGGGAGUGUUGUGGACCAGGUCUGCCACAAGAUUAAUCCAACUCGUUUACAUGUUGCGGAUUACCCUGUUGGACUAGGGCCUCAAGUGCUAGAAGUGAGAAAGCUUUUAAAUGUGGAAUGUGGUGAUGGAUUCCACAUGAUAGGGAUCCAUGGAAUGGGUGGUGUAGGAAAAACAACACUCGCUUUAGCAGUUUAUAAUUUGAUUGCUGACUGUUUUGAUGGUUCUUGUUUUAUUCAAAACGUGAGAGAGAUAUCAAACAAACAUGGGCUGGAACACCUCCAAAGCAUCCUUCUUUCAAAAUUACUUGGAGAUAAGGACAUCAACUUGGCUAGUGAACAUGAAGGAAUUUCAGUGAUACAACAAAGGUUGCAGCGAAAAAAGGUUCUCUUGAUUCUUGAUAAUGUUGACAAGUGCGAGCAGCUACAGACACUGGCUGGAAGCCCUGAUUGGUUUGGUCCUGGCAGCAGGGUCAUCAUCACAACUCGAGAUACACAUCUGCUUGCAUCUCAUCAGGUCAAAACAACAUAUGAGGUCAAGACAUUGUAUGCAAAGGACGCUCUUCAGUUGCUUACAUGGAAAGCUUUCAAAACGGAACAUGUUGAUCCUCGUUACGUGGAGGUCUUAAAUGAUGUGGUAAUUUAUGCUUCUGGCCUUCCAUUGGCUUUGGAAGUAAUUGGUUCCGACCUGUUUGCAAAAACUGUGGAAGAGUGGAAAUCUGCUAUCAGUCAAUAUAAAAGAAUUCCUAACAAUCAAAUCCUAGAGAUUCUUAAAGUAAGCUUCGAUGCUUUGGAGGAAGAAGAGAAGUGUGUUUUUCUUGACAUUGCUUGUUGCUUCAAAGGAUAUGAACUGACAGAGGUUGAGGUUAUGCUUCGUGCUCUCUACCAUGACUGCAUGAAACAUCAUAUACGUGUGCUGCUUGAAAAAUCUCUCAUAAAGAUUGGUUGGUUUACUACAAUUGAAAUGCACGACUUAAUUGAGGACAUGGGAAGACAAAUUGACCUGAAACAAUCAGCGAAAGAGCCAGGAAAGCGCAGGAGAUUAUGGUUACCUAAAGAUAUAAUUCAAGUUUUAAAGGACAACACAGAAACUAGCAGGAUUGAGAUACUAUGUUUUCAUAUCUCCAUAUCUGAGAAAGAAGAAACACUAGAUUGGAAUAGAAAUGCCUUUGGAAAAAUGGAAAAGCUUAAAAUACUUAUCAUUAGAAAUGGUAAAUUUUGCAAAGGUCCCAAUUCUUUUCCAGAAAGUUUGAGAGUACUGGUAUGGCAUGGAUACCCUUCAAAUUGUUUACCAUCUAACUUUGAUCCGAGCAAACUUGUGACAUGCAAGUUACCUAACAGUCAUUUUACAUCAUUUGGAUUCCUUGGCUCCUCAAAGAAGUUAGAGAAUCUAACCGAAUUGAAUUUUGACUGCUGCGAACUCUUAACACGAAUGCCUGACGUAUCAGAUCUCCCAAAUUUGCAGUUGACGACUCAAUUGGUUUUCUGAACAAACUUAAAAUAUUGAAAGCUCAAGGUUGCACGAAGCUGAGGAGAUUUCCACCUCUCAACUUGCCCUCUCUUGAAAAACUUAAAUUUUCAUAUUGUUCAAGUCUUGAGAAUUUUCCAGAAAUAUUAGGAAAGAUGGGAAAUAUUGAGAAACUUAGAUUGUCUCAACUUGCCAUAAAAGAGUUGCCAGUUUCAUUUCAAAAUCUUACUGGACUCCAUCGGUUAAUCGCGGCAUGUGAUUUUCUUCAGUUAAAUAGCCUUGCCUUGACGCCUUCAUUGACUAAAUUAGAAGGUUAUAGAUGCAAAGAGUGGAAAUGGGUAAAUCCAAAAGAUGGUGAAGAAGUGGGCUCGACGAUAUCUUCAAAUAUACUUGAGUUCUCGUUAACGGCUUGCAACCUGAAUGAUGACUUUUUUUCAGCAGGUUUCACGCAGUUGGCCACGGUGAAGAAUUUAAACCUAUCGAGAAGUAAUAUCACAUUCCUUCCUGGGUGCAUCAAAGAAUUUCACUGCCUGAAUUAUCUCAAUGUGAAUAGAUGCAAGCGUCUACAGGAAAUUAGAGGGCUUCCACCAAACUUGAAAAUUUUCAGGGCGAUAGAGUGUACAUCAUUGACUUCCUCGAGUUCAAGCAUGUUGUUAAAUCAGGAGGAAGUAUCCCAAGGUGGUUGGACAAAGAAUGCAGGGGACCUUCGAUUUCUUUCUGGUUUCGUGAUAAAUUUCCUGCCAAAGUUCUUUGUCUUCUUAUUGCACCUGU